AUUCUGAGCUCACACCAUCCUCCAAGAGGGAGGAGGCUCAAGUGAUGCUGCUGCUGUUGCCGCUGGUACUCUAGUGGAGCUGGAAAGGGUGGUUCCUAUCGCACCAUCGCCAACCAGAGAGAGAGGGGAAAAAAAUCCCGGCAGCCGCUGCUGAUGUUGGGUUCAGAGGCUGCAUCCGACCCGGUCACAAGAAAAAUGGAUUCAGUAUGCGGCGCUCCCUCGUUUCAGCAUCUUCUCCUGGUCUCAGCAUGGGCUUCCGAGGCAACGUUUGAGAAGACCUUAGCAAGGAACACCACGCAGUAGUGGCUGAAGCAUCUCACUCCAGGAAAUGAAACAGUAACAUGGCAGUACCUGUUUGAAAGGAUUAAAUCCCAAAAGACUCCAAUUAGAAAGGGACAAUGUCCAAGAAAGGGCGGAAUAAGGGCGAAAAGCCCGAGGCACUCAUUGUCGCCCUUCAAGCUGCCAACGAAGACCUCAGGACCAAACUCACAGACAUUCAGAUAGAACUGCAUCAAGAGAAAUCCAAGGUAUCAAAGCUUGAAAGAGAGAAGACUCAAGAAGCAAAGAGGAUUCGUGAGUUGGAGCAGCGCAAACACACGGUCCUGGUGACAGAGCUUAAAGCCAAGCUCCAUGAGGAGAAGAUGAAGGAGCUGCAGGCCGUGAGGGAGAAUCUCAUCAAGCAGCAUGAGCAGGAAAUGUCAAGGACAGUGAAGGUGCGGGAUGGGGAGAUCCAGAGACUCAAGUCUGCUCUGUGUGCUCUCCGGGAUGGCAGCAGUGACAAAGUAAGGACAGCACUCACCAUUGAGGCCCGGGAGGAGGCCCGGAAACAGUUCGAUGCAGAGCGCCUGAAGCUCCUGCAGGAAAUUACAGACUUGAAAACUGCCAAGAAGCAGGUGGAUGAGGCUCUAAGCAAUAUGAUCCAAGCGGAUAAAAUCAAGGCUGGGGACCUUAGGAGUGAACAUCAGUCCCACCAGGAAGCCAUCUCGAAGAUCAAGUGGGAAUCGGAACGGGAUAUACGGAGGCUGAUGGAUGAAAUCAAAGCCAAGGACAGGAUCAUCUUUUCCCUGGAAAAAGAACUGGAGACUCAGACGGGCUAUGUACAGAAACUCCAGCUACAGAAGGAGGCUUUGGAUGAGCAGCUCUUCCUUGUCAAGGAGGCAGAGUGUAACAUGAGCAGUCCAAAGAGAGAGAUUCCAGGAAGGGCAGGAGACGGCUCUGAGCACUGCAGCAGCCCGGACUUGAGAAGAAAUCAAAAGAGAAUAGCCGAAUUGAACGCCACUAUACGAAAGUUAGAAGACAGGAACACCUUGCUCGGAGAUGAGCGAAACGAGUUGUUAAAACGUGUGCGGGAAACCGAAAAACAAUGCAAACCUCUCCUGGAAAGGAACAAGUAUUCAUCACCAAGUUUCUCAGAAAACCACAGCCAUUUCUGCCCAAAUAAAACAGAAACAAAGCUAGGCGACUCCCAGCAAGUAGACACUCUGCCUCCCCCGUCUCAUCCUUACAAGCAGCCACCUCAAAACAAGGUUCCAAAAAUAGUCAAGGGACACCUGUCUAUGCUAAGAAAUGACAAAAAAGAUCGAGAAAAACUCAUCCGUAGGAGAAAGCACAGGAGAAGCUCGAAGCCAAUCAAGAGGCCUGUUUUAGAUCCAUUCAUUGGCUAUGACGAGGACUCUAUGGAUUCAGAAACGUCAUCCAUGACCUCCUUUAGAACAGACCGGACACCUGCUACCCCCGAUGAUGACUUGGAUGAAAGUCUAGCUGCUGAAGAAUCUGAGCUACGAUUUCGACAACUAACAAAAGAAUACCAAGCCCUCCAAAGAGCAUAUGCCCUCUUGCAGGAACAGACUGGAGGCAUCAUUGAUGCUGAAAGAGAAGCCAAGGCACAAGAGCAGCUCCAGGCAGAGGUGCUGAGGUACAGGGCCAAAAUCGAAGAUCUGGAGGCAACACUGGCUCAGAAAGGGCAGGAUUCACACUGGGUAGAAGAUAAACAACUUUUCAUUAAGAGAAACCAGGAGCUUUUAGAAAAGAUAGAGAAGCAGGAAGCAGAGAAUCACCGGCUACAGCAGGAACUUCAGGAUGCCAGAGACCAGAAUGAGCUGUUGGAGUUUCGCAACCUAGAACUGGAAGAGAGAGAGAGGAGAUCCCCUCCAUUUAAUCUACAAAUUCACCCCUUCUCAGAUGGUGUGAGUGCCCUGCAGAUCUACUGCAUGAAAGAAGGUGUCAAGGAUGUCAACAUCCCUGACCUCAUAAAGCAGCUUGAUAUCCUAGGUGACAAUGGGAACCUAAGGAAUGAAGAGCAGGUGGCCAUUAUUCAGGCCAGCACUGUGCUGUCCCUGGCAGAGAAGUGGAUCCAACAAAUUGAAGGAGCGGAGGCUGCCCUGCACCAGAAAAUGAUGGAACUGGAAAGUGACAUGGAGCAGUUCUGCAAAAUCAAAGGCUACCUGGAGGAAGAACUGGACUACAGAAAACAGGCUCUUGACCAGGCAUAUAUGAGAAUCCAGGAACUAGAAGCUACUUUGUACAAUGCUCUGCAGCAAGAAACUGUGAUCAAAUUCGGCGAACUGUUAAGUGACAAGCAGCAGGAGGAGCUGAGGACGGCUGUAGAAAAGUUACGGCGGCAAAUGCUGAGGAAGAGCCGGGAGUACGACUGUCAGAUCCUCCAGGAGAGGAUGGAGCUCUUACAGCAAGCGCACCAGAGAAUCCGUGAUCUAGAAGAUAAAACAGACAUCCAAAAGCGACAGAUAAAGGACCUAGAAGAAAAGUUUCUGUUUCUAUUCUUGUUCUUCUCUCUUGCCUUCAUUCUAUGGCCUUGAUGUCAAGGUGCCUCUUAAAG